AUGGGGGCAAAUACAGUGACAUUCAGGCUAUUCAGAGAUGAGGAAGUGUAUGAAGAUUUCGAAGUGGAGAAAAUGGCUGCAAUAGAAUCAGUGGUCGUAAAAACAUUUAUAGACAGACACACAGGAAUGGAGCCUCUGAGGAUUCCCAUUCCUUAUGAUAACAUCAAAAGUAGGAAAGUGCUGGAGAUGGUAUUAGACUACUGUAAAUUCCAUGCUCAUGCAAAAUCCAACAGUAUACCAGUAGACGAUGUGAAGGUAUGGGAUAAUGAAUUCGCUGACAAAGCUCUUGCUGCGGAUAAAAAUCAGGCGACCUUCUGCCAAAUUCUUUUGGCUGCGAAUUUUCUGAAAAUCGAAGAUCUAUUUCGUUUGGUAUGUAAGGCCGCUGCAGAGUUUCUGAAACACAAAAGUGCGGAAGAAGUGCGGCAGAUGUUUAAGACGGAGAAUGAUUUUAGUGAGCAGGAAGAAGAGGCAAUCAAGCAAGACACAAAGUGGACCUACGCAUAA